CACGCGGAAGGCAGACCUGGUGCCACCGGAGGAGAAAGCAGCCUUGUCGUUUGAUGUGUUUCGUCUUAUCCUGAUUAAUAAUGGCUACGUUGCGAGUAGCGGUCCGAGUGCGCCCUUUGAACAAAAGAGAAAAUCAGUUUUCAUCGAAGGUAAUAAUUCAGAUGAACGGGAACUCUACAUCUAUUUACAAGCCUUCACCUGUUCGAGGGGACCAGCUGAAGGACGGAGGAAAGACCUUUUCCUAUGACUUCUCAUAUGAUUCAACUGACAGAGGAAGGCCCACAUUUAUAUCUCAGGAGAGGGUAUCACAAUUCUUCUCUGUUUACGGCCAUAUCAGUUCCAACAUUUUGUGUAACCUAUUUAUUGUAUUCAAGUGGAGGGACGACACUGACCCCAACACUGACCCUUUUUAUCUGCCUCUUCAGAUUUUUUACGACUUGGGGUCUGAUGUCCUGAAAGCCGCGUUUGAGGGUUUCAAUGCCUGUCUGUUUGCCUACGGCCAAACAGGCUCAGGAAAAUCAUACACCAUGAUGGGUCAUACCGAUGAUAAAGGCUUAAUUCCACGGAUCUGUGAAGGCUUGUUCUGCGAGAUCUCUCGUAGAGGCAAGAGCGAGGCUGUGUCCUUCCGCACAGAGGUCAGCUAUUUGGAGAUCUAUAAUGAACGUGUGCAGGACCUUCUCAAGAAGAAAACUGCACCCACAGAUGGAGGCUUGAGAGUGAGAGAGCACCCCCGGGAUGGGCCCUAUGUCGAGAAUUUGUCCAAGCUCUCGGUAAACAACCACAAUGACAUGGAGGACCUGAUCAUUCUUGGCAAUGCCAACCGCACCACAGCCAGCACAGCCAUGAAUGACAUCAGCAGCCGCUCCCACGCAAUCUUCACUAUCCGCUUCACCCGGGCAUGGUUUGAGGCAGAGUUGCCAUGCGAGACGCUGAGUAAAAUCCACCUGGUGGACCUGGCAGGCAGCGAGAGAGCGGAUGCCACGCUCUCCACGGGCACCAGGCUGAAGGAAGGCGCCAACAUCAACAAAUCCCUGGUCAGCCUGGGCACUGUGAUCUCAGCUCUGGCUGAUCUUAGUGUGGGAGGACAGUCAACAAAAAAGAAGAAGCAGACCUUCAUUCCUUACAGAGACUCUGUGCUGACAUGGCUACUGAAGGACAGCCUGGGUGGAAACUCUCUGACUACUAUGAUAGCAACCGUCUCUCCUGCUGACGUGAACUACGGAGAGACACUGAGCACGUUGCGCUACGCUAGCCGAGCGAAAAACAUCGUGAACUCUCCCACGGUGAACGAAGACAGCGGCGUGAAGGUGAUCAGAGAGCUACAGGCGGAGGUUACCAGGCUCCGAUGGCUGCUAGAGGAGGCCAAUCAGGUUUCCAGUGGGGAGCCAUCUUCCUCUGUGAAGGUGGAGGAGGAGCUGCAUCAGAAUCAGACACGGGUGAGUCAUUCCUUACCAAGUGGACUUUUGAUCUUUUCCUCUGUAAACAAUACACCUGCUAUUCACGCCCCCCCCGCCCAGGUCCUAGCACUGACCAGGGAGUGGACCAGCAAAUGGGGCGAGACGCAGAGUAUUUUGCAGGAGGAGACUGUGGCUCUGAGGAAGGAGGGUAGUGGAGUAGUCCUGGGCUGCCAGUUACCGCAUCUGAUAGGCAUUGAUGAAGACCUGCUCAGCACUGGAAUAGUCCUGUAUUAUCUGAAAGAGGGCAGAACCCUGAUUGGGAGUGACGAAGCUUCAUGCAGUCAGGAUAUUGUACUUCAUGGGCCUGGGCUCCUCAGUGAACAUUGUGUGCUUGAGAACCGAGCUGGGACCGUGACUCUGAUCCCUCAGGAUGGAGCACUGUGUUCAGUCGAUGGUUCCUUGGUAACUGAUCCCUGCCAGCUGACUCAGGGGGCCAUCACACGGCUCGGAAAAGGAACCAUAUUCCGGUUUAACCACCCGACUGAGGCUGCCCAGCUCGGACACGAACCCCAGAGAAGGCCACAGUCCGACUUCAGCCUGCCCUUGACGGACAUGGUCAGGUCUACUGAGAAUCUGAAUCUGAAGGUGAUGCAGCAACACCAACGGAGGAUGGGAGAGGAGCUGGAUCAGCAGGAGGUGGAACGGCAGCAAGUUCAAGAAAGCAUGAACAAACGCAACCAGGACAUCAAAAGACUUUCAAAGGGAAACAGCGGGGCUCCUCAUCAACAGAGAGCAGCAGAGAAGACGACGUUGGCGGGGAUUGAAGAGACUGGCGAUGGCCAGAAUAUGAAGAUGCUGCUGGCUGCAGAGCCGCACGAAGUGCCAAGCAGCUGUCUUACCUCUGCAACAGUAGAGGAGCGCACAACCACAGCCAUGCCUGGAAAACACACUAUAUCUGAGUUGGAUGGAGACCCACUACAGGGUGGGAUUAGCACCAGGGAUGGCCAGGAGCAGGAGAGGGACCAGUGUCAUCAAUCAGGGCCAGGGCUCCUGUCUGAGUGGCCGUGGUGGAAAGCUCAGAGUGGGGCAGGAGUUGCAAGUUUUAACGGAGAGCUGGUUCAGUCGGGGGAUGCCAGCCUCCAGCAGACAAAUGUCCUGGGCCCGAGUGAUGGAUGUGGCACAAAGCCAGAGGGAAAUGCUAACAAGAUCAAAGGCGUCGUCGCUGACUGCUACAAGGAGGGACCUGGCUCUGGUGGGAGCUCAUUAGGCAUCAUGUCUCACCUGCAGAGCAGGGGGGGCGCUGGCUCCCCGCCUGUCCUCCCGCAAACUAGCUCUCAUUCUCAGCUCGACGAAAAGUCUCUCAGCAGUCGGGUAGCAUGCUGUCCCCCCGAGGACGCUACCUUCAAGGGCCAGCAUGGUUGUGGAGAGAUCUAUGAAUCUGGAGGACUGGAGGAGAUCCUGGUAGUGUGUGAGACGGCGACUACAGUAGCCACAGGUCUCCAACCAGGGUUGGGUUCUUUGGUCAGCAGAGUUUCUUUGAUUUUCCAAGAUGCAGGUCGUCUCCUCUGGAGCUCUCCCACAGUAUUGCAGCAAGUCAAGAAAGAGGGACUACAGCCUGUUGGAGCCCGCUGGUCCAGCCAUGUUGUCUCUGUGGUCAGGGAAAGUAAUGUUUUGUCUGUGGUGACGGACAGUCGGGUCUUCUCCAUUGUUAAAGGGAGCUUUGUCUUCUCUCUUUUUAAGGAUAGUCACAUUUUUUCCAUUGUGAAAGAUCUAUACGUACAACACGUCCAGACGGAGGUGACUCACAACAUUCACCCUAAAGAGGAGUCUCCGAUGAUUCAGGGCUACGUUAAUCCUGAAAGAACACAAGUCCAGGGCCUGACACCAGCACACAGAUUCAGCAGGGCAGAAGACGUGCCACAUGACGUGCCACUAAUGGCAGAAGAUAGCUGGACAAGGAAUAAGAGAAUCUGUGAUCUGCCGGUACCACAAGAGCAGGACAUGGCUGAUGUUCAAGGAGUGAGUCAAGGAGACAAACUCAUUCCAGAGCCGUCGCCACAAAAGCACAGUGAGCCAGAGGUUACCCGAGAACCUGGAGACGACGCUCGGGCAUUGGAGAAUUCGAGGACUGUGCAAAACGGAAUCGACGUCCAGAUCUUUUGUCAAACGUUAAUCGACUUUCCUGAUUCCCUUUUGUACCUGCACACGUUACCAUUUCUUGACAUGAUGGAUACUUUACAGUCCAUCAUCUCCACCUCAGUGCUCACAUCCCAGAAGAUUGUAGCUCUCUUUUGGGUGAAUGUUGCUAAAUGCAGCCAUCCUGAGCCCCGUCCUGCCCUCCUAAUCCUGGCGGAGAAUGGCCUCUACACCCUGACCCCUGACGUUGGGCUCCUGGUUUUGUUCCAUCACCUCCCCUUGGUCCAGCUGAGAGAGGUCCAGAUAGGCUUAGCAGGCCACAGUCUGCGUUUGAUGGGCGCUACAAAGGAGAGCAUCCUAGGCAUCUACACCUACAGCCAGCAACUGACCAAACGGCUGUGCUGGGCCGUGCUGGCUGUUAUCUGCCCCGGGGACCACAGGGUGUCUCAGCACCCACUGCUCCAUGGAGACUUGAAGAAGUUGUCUUUGGACUGGCAGGCCCGUGUCCCUGACCUGCUGCUGGAUGCUGGUUUACGGGUUUGCUGCCAAUUUCAGAAAAGUCUUGCUGGUCUGGUUUAUCUUCUUCAGAGUAACAUGGAUCGAGAAGCCGUGACUCUGGGAGAAGUGCACAUCCUACUAUACACAGGUGUUGGGGUGUGCAUCGGCCCCAGUAGUUCCCACUCUGCGACUCUGGCCCAGCUUCUCCUCACUGAGACCCACCUCGGCCUGGUGCAGGACGAGGCCGUCUUCCACCCAACUCCACGCUCCGUCACCAUCGUGCCCCGCCGUCCCCAAUUCCACGACUUGACUCUCCGCCAGCGCUCGGACGUGCGCUGCGUGCUGGUGCACGAUGAAGACGAGCGUGGGGCUGUCAGAGUGGAUGUAAUCCUAGCAAAUGUGAGGGGCAGGGGUCACCCUGAAAGCGUGAUAAAGGAAGCAACCCCGCCUGCACAAGCUUCAAAUUCAUCCCGGCAUGCAGAAGUGUGGAAAUUAACUUUCAGUUGCUCCUCCGAGGCCGCCGUCCUGAUUAAUCACUUGUCAAAUGUCUGAUCAAGGACUGCAGAUCCAGGAAUGAACAGCCCAGCUUGACAACUCACUCGCAGGGAGGAAAGGUGGUUCCCAACCACACCAUGCAAAGGACAUCUUCACUGGCAAAUGACAGGGAAAUUCAUGACCUAUUUUUAAGUUUCUGUAAUGAUUAAUUUUGUCUAGAGUUCUAUUUUUUUUCUCAUUUAAAUAAUGCAUGGCUUUAGCACUUUUAUCUUUAAAACCCUUGACGUGCUUUGUUCUUGUUUUGUUCUUUAACCACACAACCUGCUUUAUUACAAAGAGGUUGUCCGUUUAAUAUGAAAUGUUUUAAAUAAUUAGUUGAAAGUCUGACAGAGAAUUAAAAACAUGUAAGUACCAGUUUCAUUUGUUUCAUAGGCAAUACAAUAUUUUAAAAGAAUUUUAGAUGACCAAUCUGACAUGUCAUAGUUUCUAUGUUGUGUUUCUGUCUGUAUCUCUGUCGCUAUGUUUUUAUGUAUAUUACUGUAUAUGAAGUUAUUGCCAAUAUUUUAUAUAAUAGACUAAUAUGUUUUCUAAAAUAAAAGAAAGAUAAAUCCA